AUGCCGGCGUCAGGGGACGAGUUUAUCGUGGACGAUGACGAUGACUUACCACGUGCUGCAGGCCGCUCUCACGCUCGACGGGCCACCGACCGUGAAAGUGGUCAAAAUUUCGAGGUAACCCGGACGUGGGAUUUGUUGACUGAAGGCGCUGAUGGCACAAUCACUGGCGCAGUCGAAGGGCUUCUCGAAGCAGGAAAGAGGAAGAGGCUCCUCAAGGAUACCACACCUCUCCAGCGUGGUAUUAUUCGACAUGUCAUCCUCAUCUUGGAUAUGUCGUUAGCUAUGAAUGAGAAGGACCUCCGGCCGACCCGCUACCUGCUCACUCUCCUCUACACUGAGACCUUCAUUCGAGAAUUCUUCGAACAAAAUCCUAUAUCCCAGCUAGGCAUUGUGGGAACCCGCGAUGGUGUGGCAAUUCGCAUCAGCGAUAUGUCCGGGAAUCCCAAUGCUCAUCUGGCUGCCAUUCAGAAAAUCCGCAAGGAAGAACCAAAGGGAAACCCGUCUUUGGAAAAUGCCCUCGAAAUGGCUCGGGCAGCUCUUUUUCACGCUCCCAGCCACGGUACACGCGAGAUCUUGCUCAUAUUUGGUGCUCUGCACACUUCCGACCCGGGAGAUAUCCAUCGUACAAUCGAAAGUCUCGUGGCAGACAAGAUCCGGGCGACAGUCAUUGGGCUGGCUGCCCAAGUCGCUAUCUGUGCCGAACUGGUCUCAAAAACCAACCACGGCAACUUGGCAAACUAUGGUGUAGUCCUCCACGAGCAGCACUACCGGGAGCUGUACAUGGCUGUUACAACACCUCCAGUCACCAGCCAAGCCACCAAAUCGGCCAACUCUCUCUUAAUGAUGGGCUUCCCCUCCCGAACGGUCGAGGAUCGUCCUUCUUUAUGCGCCUGUCAUACAAGGCCAUCUAGAGAUGGAUAUCUAUGCUCACGUUGCAAUACGAAGGUUUGCAGUCUGCCGAGUGAAUGUCCCGUCUGUGGGCUGACGCUCAUAUUGUCAACCCAUCUGGCACGAAGCUACCACCAUUUAUUUCCACUCGUCAACUGGCUGGAGGUGCCUUGGUCCAAGGCGUACCGGAGUAAGGCGUGCUUUGCCUGUCUGAAGGUCUUCCCUCCGGUACCACCCAGAGAACAGUGGAACUCUGCCAAUGCUUCUGCUACGAGCAGCAGAUACGAAUGUCCCGUGUGCCGGCGUCAUUUUUGCAUUGAUUGCGACCUCUUUGCGCAUGAAGUGGUGCAUAAUUGUCCCGGGUGUCAAAGUCUACGAAUGCAUACGACUUUGAUGGGAGAGACUGAGACUCCAGGUAAUGUCAACGGCGGGUCAGCACAGACAAAAGCUGCGUCUCAGGCAACCGGCGGGGAUCCAAUGAGCAUUGACUGA